AUGGCAAGGAUCUCUCUGUUGUUCGCGUUGGCCUUCGUUGUAGCCAUCGGCUCAGUCACAGCUCACGCACCUAUCAACAGGAGGACACAAAAGAACGUGUGUCCAUCUACUUUGUCUGAAGUCCAACAGUUCCCCUCCGUUGAAAUCUCCAAGCUCAUUGAGAAGAAGGCCCUAACCGGACCUAACACCCUUCAGUUCAGGACUUUGUUUGCCGUCUGCAAGAGCUACAACGACUACCUCGCGUCCAUCAAGUUCUCAGCUGCCAAGAAUGUGCUUGGCUUGGUUCAUGCCAAGUACGCUUUGGUGACCAAGGCGAUGCUUGCGGCGCAAGCAUUAGUUGGUGUUGAAGGACAACUCUCCGUUGAGCUUAGCAAGAGUUACACCGGGAUGGCUAAAGGGUAUGUUAGCAUUGUGCAGACGAUUGCUCAGCUCUCCGCUAAGUACAAGUUCAUUGCUAGUGCUGAGAUCAGGAAGAGUGAUAGGGCUAAGGUCGAGAAGUGUUUGAGUAAGUUGAAGGCUGCUAUUGAUGUUUUCGUCAAUGUAGUCUCUGAGUGCAGCAACAAGUUAACUUCCGAGGAGAAAGUCGGUCUACCCAUUAAGUUCCGCGGCGGUUUCAUCGGUAAGAAAAGUCUCGGAUUUAGAGAAAACUUUAUCGGCUUGGGCGCCAACGGCCAAGUUGGAGGCGAAGUCGAAGCUGGAGUUAAGCUCGGAGGACACGCCAAGGUUGGAGCCAAGGUUGGAGCUAAAGCCGGAGCCAAGGUUGGAGCUAAAGCCGGUGCCAAGGUUGGAGCUAAAGCUGGAGCCAAGGUUGGAGCUCAUGUCGGAGCCAAGGUUGGAGCCCAUGUCGGAGCCAAGGUUGGAGCUAAAGCCGGAGUCAAGGUUGGAGCUAAAGGCGAAGUUAAAGUAGGAGUUGGUGCCGGAGCUAAAGCCGGAGGAUUCUUGGGUGGAUUCUUGGGGUUAGGAGGAAGAGUUCAGUACGACGCAGCCGGUAAGGCUAAGAUCGGGGGAGGAAGCGGGUUCAGGUCUCUGACCCUCCCUCACGAGAAACACUUAAACUGA